AGAUCUGCGGUAAGAACGUCAUCGCGUCAAACGUAAAAUGCCGUCUUUGUCGUAAACUGGUGUUAAAACAUCUAAACAAACAACAGAGCUAAUAACUGCGCGGGUUUAAAGUCUUUACAGAUUCACUGGGACAUCGACGUUUCCUAAGGUAAUGGCUGCGUCUUCUUCGUCCUCCUCUGCCGGAGGUGUGAGCGGCAGCUCGGUGACUGGCUCUGGAUUCAGUGCUUCAGAGCUCAUCCCUCCCAGGAAAGUCUUGUACACAUAUCCUAAAGGCGCAGGGGAAAUGAUGGAAGAUGGCUCCGACAGAUUUUUAUGUGAGUCUGUAUUCAGCUACCAAGUUGCCUCCACGCUCAAACAGGUUAAACACGAUCAACAGGUGUCUCGGAUGGAGAAACUCGCAGGCUUGGUGGAGGAGCUGGAGGCAGAUGAGUGGCGGUACAAACCAAUUGAACAGCUUUUGGGAUUCACACCAUCUUAAAUAAAGAGAUCCAGAUGCCUUUGCUUAAUAAAUCAGCCAAAUAGAAGGAGAUGGUUUAUUUAAAUUGAGCAAUUAUAUUCCUUCUUUAUGGUUUUAUUCUAUAAGUGUGAAAUAUUAUGUGGAGUUACUGAAUGUGAGAUGUGUUAUUUUAUCAUUUUUACUAUUGUAUGAGCCAGGUUUGCUUUUUUUUUAAAAAAACAAGUUGUUAUAGUUUAUCCAGCAUAUUAAAAUAAACCCCCUGUCAAGUUAUAUAAUGAAAAUUAAACAUUUUGUAACAGAUUAUUACAAGGUUUUUCAACUGGUUUAGGCGAAUAAAGUUGUUUUUCCAGUCCAAUCUGCUCUUAGCCUCAGUGAUAAGGGAAAGAAUAUCUUUGGUAAUGUAAUAAGUCCCUUGAAGCGAGGCAUUGUGUUCCUACGUGGCUGCACUGUAACUCAUAAAUCUGAAAACCUGCUGCCUGCUCAGUCUCUCCGUGGGUCCUCAUCGCUGCUCGCUCCAACAACACUUGGAGCAAAACAAAGAGAGCUUGUAAAUAAAGUCAUACUUGGACAUUC